UUGUGGUGGUUGACAUGGCCUGGUCGGUGGGCCCGAGACGGGCUGGAACCUUGCUAAGAUUUCUGGUCCACCUAAGCCCCACUAAGUGCCAGCUUUCUCAAUCCCCUACGACAGGGCUGAUUGAAUGGUGUUGUCGUUUUUUCCAUUGCAAUACUGACAACCUUGUACCGAGAACUUAUACCACUGUUCUCGCCUCAUCUGCAUAGGGACACAGGUUUGU